AUGGAGCCUUACGAUGAUGGUUUCAUUGAGGAGCAGGAGGAGCGGGAGGAGGAACGCACCGAGGAGAAGAUCAUUAACGAAGAAUACAAGACGUGGAAAAAGAACGCUCCCUUUCUUUACGACAUGAUCCUCAGCACCGCGCUAGAGUGGCCCACCCUUACAACGCAAUGGCUGCCCGACAAGCAAGAAGUCCCGGAUAAGCCGUAUUCCACCCACCGUCUGCUCCUAGGAACUCACACCUCCAGCGACGCUCAAAAUUAUCUUCAGAUCGCUCAUGUUCAACUACCUAACCCUAAUGCACCUAAUCCCGAUGACUACGACGAAGAGCGUGGGGAAAUCGGCGGCUACGGUGGCAGCUCAAAGAAAGCUCCGAUGGAAAUCAAGUUCAACAUCGUGCAGAAAAUUGAUCACAAGGGCGAAGUCAACAAAGCACGAUACCAGCCACAAAACCCUAACAUAAUUGCUACCAUGUGUACGGACGGGAGAGUCAUGGUUUGGGAUCGCUCAAAACACCCAAGUCUCCCAACGGGGAAUGUAAACCCUCAGAUGGAACUUCUUGGGCACAAGCAAGAAGGAUUCGGACUCAGCUGGAGCCCUCAUUUUGUGGGUAACCUCGCCACAGGAAGCGAGGACAAGACAGUCCGUCUCUGGGAUCUUACCACAUACACAAAGGGCAACAAGGCGGUCCAGCCAGUCCGAACCUAUACCCACCACUCGUCGAUUGUUAAUGAUGUUCAAUACCAUCCCCUUCACUCCUCCCUUAUCGGAACUGUCUCAGAUGAUAUCACUCUCCAAAUUCUCGACACGCGACUUGCGGAGACUACUCGCGCCGCUGCAACAGCUGAAGGCCAGCACCGUGAUGCCAUUAACACUGUCGCUUUCAAUCCUGCUGCCGAAACUGUUCUGGCUACGGGUUCUGCGGACAAGACCAUCGGCCUAUGGGAUCUGCGUAACCUGAAGACCAAACUGCACACACUGGAAAACCACGCCGACUCCGUCACCUCGAUUUCUUGGCAUCCAUUUGAAGAAGCCGUACUUGCAAGUGCAAGCUACGACCGCAAGAUCAUGUUCUGGGACUUAAGCCGGGCUGGCGAAGAACAGACUCCUGAGGAUGCCCAAGACGGACCACCAGAACUACUAUUCAUGCACGGUGGUCAUACCAACCGUAUCUCCGACUUCAGUUGGAACCUCAACGACCCUUGGGUCCUUUGCUCUGCUGCGGAGGAUAACCUCUUACAGGUGUGGAAGGUUGCGGAUGCGAUUGUUGGUAAGGAUAUGGAGGACGUGCCGACCGAGGAGUUGGAGCCUUGA